AUGGCUUCUAUCCUUAAAAAGAUCAUUCGCAAUGACGCUAUGAAGGAAGAUCCCGUCGAGAUCUAUGGAUGGAGAUCUUUCGUGCUGACCUUGACAGCAUGUAUGUCCGGCAUGCUCUUUGGUAUGGACACGGGUAUCAUUGGCGGUGUCAUCGUUCUCCCUGCUUUCACAAAGAAGUAUCAUUUUGAUGGCCUCAGCAAAAACGAUGCCGCAACCCUCUCGGCCAACAUUGUCUCGUUCCUCCAGCUCGGGUGCGCAUUCGGGGCUUUACUUGCAUACCCUUUCGCCGACCGAUAUGGACGACGUGCUUCCUUGAUGGGUUCUGCCUUCAUCGGCCUGGUGGGAAUUGUCAUGCAAUUUGCCGCCUCGGGUUACUUAGGGUGUAUGUAUACAGCUCGGCUUAUUGCUGGCCUCGGAGCAGGAGCGUGCUCAAUGAUUGCUCCUCUUUAUGUCUCCGAGAACGCUCCUCGGGCUCUCCGGGGUGCGCUUACUGGAACCUUUCAGUUCUUCAACACUUUUGGUGUGAUGCUUGCAUUUUGGAUCGACUAUGGUGCCGAACUCCACCUUACCGGCUCCAGCUCCUACAUAGUUCCUUUGGCAACACAAGGAAUACCGGCGAUCCUUUUGAUCGUUGGCAUGUUCUUCAUGAAUGAAUCCCCUCGCCAUCUCGCCAAGCAGGACGAAUGGGAAAAGGCCAAAAAGGUCUUGUCCUUGGUUCGGAAUCUUCCCGAGGACCAUCCCUACCUGCAGAGCGAGUUUCAAGACAUUGCCAUCCAACUUGAGCGCGAACGCCUCUUGAUCAACGGCGCAGGCUGGCGAGCUCUACAACGUGAGAUGUGGACGAUACCUGGCAACAGGAAACGAGCCUUGAUCAGCUUUGUCCUCAUGAUGUUCCAGAAUUUGACCGGUUCAAAUGCGAUCAAUUAUUACGCACCCACAAUCUUCAAGAACAUAGGGAUCACAGGGACUUCAGUGAGCCUUCUAGCGACCGGCAUUUACGGAAUUGUGAAGAUGUGCUCGUGUGCCACCUAUCUGAUAUUUUUUGCCGAUUCGCUGGGGCGACGACGAUCUCUCCUCUGGACUGCGAUUGCCAUUGCCUGUGACAUGAUGUACAUUGGACUCUACGUUCGCAUCUCGCCGCCCAAACCUGGUGUGCCGAUCUCGGGUGCCGGAUACUUUGCCCUUGUGUGUAUUUACUUGUUUGCAGUCUUCUUCCAAAUGGGGUGGGGGGCGACACCCUGGAUAUAUGUGUCUGAAAUCCCCAGCGCACGAUUGCGUUCUAUGAAUGUGUCCAUCGCAGCAUCCUCCCAGUGGCUCUGGAACUUUGUCAUUGCAAGAGCCGUGCCAAAUAUGUUGGUGAACAUGGGGAGUAAUGGUUAUGGAACCUACAUAUUCUUUAGCGUUUGCUGCCUUUGUUCAUUUGUGUUUGUGUGGUUCUUUGUUCCAGACACCAAAGGGAUGUCUCUGGAACAGAUGGAUGACUUGUUCGGAGUGACCGAGCUCGUCCAUCAGAAGGUCGGAGCCAUGGGUUCGGGAGACGCCAAAUUUCCAAUCCGAUACAAUGAUCCUGAAUAUCAACAAAUUCACCGCAACCUCUUUUCACAUUCUCUUCUAUGCCCCCUCGAGGAUGUCCUUCCACCCGGUGUCAAUCAGCAGCAGUUUGAUUGUGCGGUUGCCGAGUUCGGAGAAGCGGUCGGGGAGGACAAUGUCUUCAAAGGACAGGCGCUGGAAGAGUAUGUAGAUCCUUACGAAUUGUGGGAGGAUGAAGGUAAAAGGAAAAUGCCGAGUGCGGCGGUAUGUCCUUGUUCCAUCGAUGAGCUCCGGAUAGUCUUGAAAGUCGCCAACAAAUUUGGUAUUCCUGUCUGGACCUUCUCGCGAGGGAAGAAUUUGGGAUACGGAGGACCAGCGCCAAGGCUUAAUGGGUCUGUCGCACUCGACCUGCAUCGCAUGAACAAGAUUAUCGAGGUCAACGACAAGUUCUCUUAUGCGGUGGUCGAGCCGGGAGUCACCUUUACAGACCUGUACCUCUACUGUGUUGAGCACAAGCUGGGAGUCUGGCCAAGUGUUCCUUCACUAGGAUGGGGAAGCGUGGUCGGGAACACCGUGGACCGCGGUACCGGUUUCACACCGACGGCCACACACCAUCAGCACAUCAGUGGAAUGGAGGUCAUGCUUGCCGACGGCGACCUUGUGCGGACAGGCCAGUUUGCGAUAUCCAACUCCCCAUCAGCACACCUCUCCAAAUUCAGCUUUGGCCCGUCCAUCGAAGGCUUGUUCCUGCAGAGCAAUCUGGGAAUCGUCACCAAGAUGGGGAUCUGGCUUCAUCCGCAACCACAAGCCUACAUGUCCUGCACGUUUGACAUGCCGAAUUUUGAAGACGUCGAAGUUAUUGUUGAUAUAUUCGGAUCAUUACGCAGAGAUGGACUGUUGCCCAACACAGUAUACGUCUCGAAUAUUGUGGAAUGGUUGGGUAUGACGGGCAAACGUGCUGAGUUGUGGCCAGAAGAAGGCCCUAUUCCAGACUGGCGGCUCCGGGAACUUCAAAAAGAAUUAGGAUUCGGAUACUGGAACGUCAAAUUUGGUCUGUAUGGUGCAAAGGCGGUGGUCCAAUCCCACUUUGACGAAUUGAAGAGGAUAAUAGGACAAAAGGUGCCUGGCGCAGAGUACCAUCUUCAAGGUCACCUCUUCUCUGGGGAAGACGACAAGCUUCUGGAUGCAAACUCGAUCCCGGAUCCCCAUGGUGGCUUCUUCGUCGGAGUUCCCAGCCUGUGGAGCCUACCAAUGGUGAGAUACAGAUUGCCAAAGGAAAAGGCCGGCAUAGGCGCCCAUGCGGACUAUUCUCCCAUCAUUCCCUCUGAUGGCAAAAUGGUGCUGGAGUGGGUGAAAACGGCUCGCAAUAUCUGUGAAGGCCGAGGGUUCGACCUCUUCUGCGACUUUUUUAUGCAUGAACGACACCUCAUUUUUGUCAACAUGAUGGUCUUCGAUAAGGCAAACCCCAGCCAUCGGAAAACCGUGGAUGCAAUUUUCCGGGACCUGUACAGAGAAGGUCGACAAAGGGGUUUCAGCAAGUAUCGGUCCCACAUUAACUACAUGGAUCUGGUCGCGGACGCGUACGACUUCAACGAUCACGCAUACCGGAGAUUUGUGGAGAGAUUGAAGGAUACAGUAGACCCGAAUGGAAUCCUGUCACCCGGUAAGCAGGGCAUAUGGCCAGCGAGAUAUCGUCAUCUCAAAGAAAAGCUAUAG